AUGGGGACCACGGCCAGAGGAGAGGGCCCAAGGAGUAGAUCACUCAGGUUGAUCCGAGAUAAAGGUGGUAAGGGUUGGGUGGAGGAAAAGAUAGAGGAGUGGCCAGGCACGGAGUUCCCAGCGGCCGGAGCUCCCGCCGGCGGCCGGGGUGCGAGCAUGGCGAGAGCAGAGGCGGCUAGGAUACGUCUCCCUCCUUCGUCGCGCACUUGCCCAUUUCCUUCCUUCCUUCCUGUCUGGUGCUUGAGCGACGAGAAAAGUAAUGAGAGGUUUAGAAGGAGAUCGGCGGGGGAGGAGGGAGGAUGUACGGAUCGGAGAUGCACGUGUACGGCGGGUGGGGGAAGGAUUCUUCGGAUUCGGAUUUGGGGGGGCGCAGCUGUACCCGGGGCUGUCGCGCGGGAGAGCGACCUCCGGUGGGGGUUCGUCCGCAAGGUGUACGGCAUCCUGGCCGCCCAGCUCCUCCUCACCACCGCCGUCUCGCCGCCACCGUCUCUCUCCCGUCAACGCCCUCCUCCCGGCAGCCCGCCUGCGCCUCGCCCUCGCCUUCCUCCCCUUCUCGUAAGAUCCCCAUUCAUUCUAUUCAUUCCAUUGCAUCAUUAUCAGCAAAAGCAUCCUCUGAAUUUCGUAUUUCUUGGGUUGUUCACUAUAUGCCUAAGUCUGAGUGUCGGUGUGGCUUGUGCAAAUACCCAAGGCAAGAUUGUGCUUGAGGCAUUGAUUUUAACUUCUGCUGUUGUCUCGUCCUUGACCGGAUAUGCCUUCUGGGCAUCAAAGAAGGGCAAAGAUUUCAGCUACCUUGGACCUGCUUUAUUUGCCAGUCUUAUUGUUCUUCUCGUAACAAGUUUUAUGCAGAUAUUCUUCCCGCUUGGACCGACAUCGGUUGCUCUGUUUGGUGGGCUUGGGGCUUUGAUAUUCUCGGGUUUCCUCCUCUACGACACCGACAACUUAAUUAAGCGCUACACCUACGACGAGUACAUCUGGGCCUCCGUUGUUCUUUACCUUGACAUCCUCAACCUCUUCCUCUCUCUCCUCAACAUGCUCAGGAGCAUGCAGUCUGAUAAUUAGCAGGUGAUUCAUCACUGGUUAUUCUCUAUCUGUUCUGUCGGUGACAUCUCGUUCACCGUGUUUGGUGAAAUGUGACUUAGUACCGUGUUAUACUUCGCACUGUUAUGCGUGCAAUAUUUGUAAAGAGCAAGUACAUUUGCUUUCGCUGACAAAAAAGCCCGUGUGAUAAACAGUAGAUGUGUUGUGGUGAUUUACAUUGCAUUUUUCAAAUGCAGCAGCUUUUAUUCAUCUAUAUUUGUGGACAGCUUUAA